AAAAAAAAAGUGACAUAUUAGAGGUUAUGUUUGUUAUAAAGAAGCGCGUUUAUUUACAAGAUUAAAAUGUCUUCAAAAGAGACGAUGAUUUUAAUUCCAAAUGAUCUUUGUAAACGUUCUGGGAUAUCUGCAAGUUUUAUUUCAAUGAAUGAUGUAUCAAUUUUUCCGUACCAAUUUAAGAAGCUUCAACAAAAAGACACCACGACCCCUUUUCACCCAACAAAUACCUCAAUUUUUCAUAUUCGGAAAGAAGUGAUCCUUUACAAUGAAGUUUUACGUAAAUUACUCAACGAAUCAAAUGGGAUUUUCUUAAAUCUGCAAACGUUAAUGAUUUCAAAGCGUGUUGAUUACGAAGAAUUGGUUCAAGUUAGUUUGCAAUAUCGAUCCGUUAUAAGAGAAUGUUUGGAGAAUUUGCAAGAAGAUUUAUUAAGAAAUAACGGGGAUAAAAAUGAAUUGGAGAGUUUAAUUAUGAUAUUUUAUUCGAUUGAGUGUAUUUGGCAUUUAUGUGAGAUCUUAUUUAUCAAGAGAACGAAAGAAAAUUUUUUGUUGAAUCUCCUAAAUUGGGUCCAAUUUCAUUUCCCGAAAUACGAAAAAAAAUCAACGGAAUUUUUGAAUGAAAAUAACAUUUUAAACCCGGAUAUUAAUCAAAAUUAUUGGGAAACGGUUAUUGGAACUUUAUUACAAGGAAAACUCGAUGUAACAUGUUCUUUAUUAAAUCUACACCCAAAUUCCUCAUCGGUUGAUUUCCAAAUGGUUAUUGAAAUUUUAAAAUCAUUCCCAAAUCUAAUAUCGUCAAGGAAACAUUCAAACACCGAGUUUAAGUUGCGUUUUAAACAUUGGCAAGUUGAAACUCGCUCGAAACUCGACGCAAAGCUUUUCGAGGGGAAUACAUGUUUGGAAUUUUUAAUGAAGCUAACCGUUGGCGAUGAAAAUGCUUGGUAUCAAGUUAUUGGGCAAUGUGAAACUUGGUACGAAUUUUUAGUUGGUUGGUUAGUUUUUAAUGAACCAUUGGUGAGAAAUUUUGAACUUGGGCGCUUAGCAAAGAAAUGUAUUCAUAUGAUGGGGGUUAAAGACAAAAUUAAACAUUUAGAUAAAGUUAUUUUGGCUGCUAUGGAAGGAGAUAUUUUACAGGUUAUGAAAGAAGUUCAACAUAUGAAUGAAAACGGUUGGUUCGUCACCCAUUUAACCGAUUUAUUUUAUCAUUCGGGUUGUUUGGAUAUUUUAGAUAAAGGAGAAGGAAAUAUUGGGUUAAGUGAUCGAUUACGAGAAUCACAACUAUUAGAAUACGGAACGUUAAUGAUGUCGCAUACAAGUUUAUGGCAAUUAGGACUUUCAUAUUUAGAUUAUUGCCCAACGGAUGGUUUAAACACAAUUGCGUUGUUAUUACCUCGAAUUAAAUCCAAUAAUGAAUUAAAGACUCGUAAAAUUAUUAAGGAAGCUUUAAAGCGGGAUAUGUUUGACAUAAGUCAAUCUAUGUGUAAAAUACAAAGUAAUAUUGCUUUAACACGGAAAAGGAGCGGAACCGCGUUGAAUUGGGCGUUAAAAUCUCAAGAUGCAAAUUUCGCCUCUCAAAUUGCGGAUAAAUUUUUAACAGAGUAUGUCAAAAAAGGUACAUUAAAGAAUUCCGAUUUAUUGUAUAAUUUGGGACCUGGAAUGUUGGUUAGUGAUCGGUUAACUUUUUUGGGGAAAUACAGCGAAUUUCAUAAAAUAUACGCCGAAAAAAAAUAUAAAGAAGCCGGUAUGUUACUUGUUUCGUUGAUAUCUUCGAGGAUUACACCGAAAUAUUUUUGGCCAACACUUUUUAUAGAUGCCUUACCCUUACUUGAAAGCGACGUUUUAGUAUUUUCAUCAAACGAUACGUUCACACUAUUAAAUUUUUUGGAGGAAAAACUCGAUAUUAACCGAUCUUUCGCCGCGUUAGAAAACAAAGUUGAAUUAAUCAGGUUGGGUUUGGCGAGGAAUUUGGGGAAAAGUUUAACUUUCGAAGCUCAACAUUUAAUGUAAUAAUAUGUUAGUAUUUAAAAAUAAAGAUUUUUUUCAAUUUACUUACAUA